UGGAAUGCGUGGGAAAAAAAAUGAACUUUCCAGUGCCAAGUAGCAAAUUAGUUGUGGAGUCAUCGUCAUUUUGCAAUGAAAAAUCAAGACACCAGCAACAUGUUUUAGAUCAUUACUUUAAUUACUCUAUUGAUGUCCUAGUUCCAAAUAGUACAGAAUUGCCCGUUCUCUCUAGUGGCUUUGACUGCACUUCCUAUAUUAUACAUAACCUACCCGUGGCAGAGCUGGUAAAGAAAUCAUUUGCAGAUACACUUUUAAAGAAAGGUUACUUCAGUGCACUGUCUCAUAAUACAUGGAUUGAUUCAGACAAUGUGGUUGCUGUCCUACCAACUGGCAAACUUGUGCUGUCCGUGUCCAAAGAUAUUUAUGAGGAGCUUGGAAUUGUUGGGAGGCCAUCUACGUUUGAUGAAAGAAGAAAACCCAAGAAGUUCUUUAUUGAAAUUGAUUUGUUGAGUCCAUCAUUCCAAGAGGGAAAAAAGAAUUAUGAACAUGUGCAAUGGUGUUUUAAAGAUAGACUGGAUCUGAUCUUCAGUUUCAUGGUUACUUGGCAACCAAAAGAAGAUAGUCAGAUUGACUUACUUCACAACUACUUCAAAGCUUUCACCCUCCAGUCAUUACCAGUUAAAAAUGAUGUAUCAGUGCUGGGAACCCUGCAAGUGCCUGAGAUAUAUGGGGACUGUCUUCAUAAACAUCCAUCACUAGGUAUUGUAGAUAAAGACACUGGUCUACACAAUGCUGUAGAGUUCUAUGAAUGGAUGGGUGCAGUGACUUGUAAAUGUCAGUGUGCUGGUGAGCCCGAUAGUUUCCUGUCCACAUACCACCAUCCUGAGCCAAGCUUAACUGUACCGUCCUCAGCAUGUGCACGCUGGCAGGGGUUCAUUUCAUCCAGGGCAGUAGUCUCACUCCUCCAGACUCUCAGGUCAUUCCUGGUCACAAAUGCUGAUGUUCCUUGGAUCGCAAUGUCUGUACAUGGGUUUAUGGACUCCCCAGUUUCCUGGAAAAACAGAGAACAUGGCUUCCAUAAGUUUGGUGAUAAUCUGUACACAUAUGUGGUGUUCCCUGAUGACAAGUACAUUCUCUAUACCGCAGUCGGCACCGAUGACCUUUGCCCUUGAUGAUGGAAAUGCCAAAGUAUGAACUUAUAUUACCUAGCAUUUUAAUGAAAUGGUGCAUAUGAUAGCAUAUGGCCUAGCAACAUACACGGAUGUAAGUAAAGUCAUGUUGCAUACAGUAGUAACAUACUUUAAUGAUGUUACUAAUAAACGACAUGUUUCAACGUGUCACACGUCAUCAUUAGACAAUAGUGCUUAUGGUACUAUCGGUUUAUUUGCUAUAAACCAGAUGUAUGGCAUACAAAACAGGAGAAAUAUGUACCUUAGGACAGUGCCAUUGCAAGACUGGAAGUUGUUGAAGAUGACACUAAAAGAACGUCCAAAGAUCUAUAACUGUACAUAAUUUUGUGAUAGAACUAUGUGAGUUAUAGGUACAUUUUUACAAGUUAAUACUCAACCAAUCACAGGAUGAAGAUCAGAAUGUUUACAUUGGGUUUGGAUGAAUGAAUGCCAUAUUAAAAUGCUUUACAGUGUCAACUUAUGAGAAUGCUAUUCUAAAGAAAUUGUUAAAGUAACUGUGCUGAUACAAGUAUGUGAAAGCUAGACUAAAAUAAUUUGGUAUGCAUCUAAUGAUAGAAAAACUGGGAGUCAUCAAGGACCUCAGAAUCCGUUCAGGACACGACUGUCGAACUCAACAAUGUUGAUCAGACUUAUUUUAAGGAAAUACAGUGGUAUCCAACUGUCAUGGAGUCACAAUUUGUUUUAUCAGUUAUACUUUGUUGACUCAAGACUGAAUCGAACAUUAAAUCAAUAUGCAGAUAUUAGA